AUGGAAUCCGGAUACAACCACAGCCACCGGGCUUUCCUGCAAGCCUUCCUGGCCCGAUCCGUCAUGACCUUCGAGGAAGCCCAACCCAUCCUCGCCGCCAUCCUUUCCGCACGCGACGCCACCCGCCCCGUCGCCCCGGCCGACGUGACCGAAGCCGACUUCCACGGCUACGUCUCGGCCUGCAACGCGAUGCUCUCGCCGCUCGACCUGGAGAUCCGGUCGGCGCGGCCGCAGACGGCCUCGCCGCACCGGCAGGCGCCCGUCUACGCCGUCGUCAACGUCACGUCGGACGCGCUGACGCAGCUGGCGACGACGCACUCGGCCGACGAGAUCGCCUUCGUCAAGCGCCUGCUCGACGCCGUCUUCGAGACGCACAACACGCGCCGCGCCGAGGUGCUCGCCCUCACCUCCAUGCAGGCCCUCAACCUGCACAAGGCGCCCGCGCGCGGCGGCGGCGGCGGCGAGUCCGGCGCCGGCGCUGCUGCUGCUGCUACCGCCGCCGAGUCGCAGGGGUCCAGCGGGGCGAGUCUGACCAUGGCGCAGGCGCAGAAGGUGCUGAAUGACUUGGUUGAGGAGGGCUGGUUCGAGAAGAGCGCUGGCGGGUUCUAUUCGCUGAGUCCCCGCGCGCUGAUGGAGCUGCGGGGGUGGCUGGUCGAGACGUACAACGAACCGGCGGGCGCCGACGACAGCGACGAGGAGGGGGCGGAGAGGGUGAAGAUGUGCGAGGCGUGCAGGGAGAUCGUGACGGUUGGUCAGCGCUGCUCGAAUCGCGACUGCCGUUGCAGGCUGCACGAUCCUUGCGUCCGCCAGUUCUUCCGCACGCUGCCCGAUCGGAAAUGCCCCAUCUGCAAAGCUGCGUGGACGGAGGAAGACUUCGUUGGAGAGCGUGCAGCUAAGCCGCCGAACCGUAACCGCACCAGUGCCGCAACGGCUGCUUCCUCGUCAAGAAGGACGACGAUGAAUACCAUGGAUGAUGAAGAUGAAUCUGAGUAA